AUGAUGUUCGUCAGAUCAUUAAUUUCCAUCUUCUUCUUUUUCAUCUUCUUCGCAUCCAAUGCAAAUGCCUCCUCCCUCAAACAAACUUACCUGAUCCACACUGUCAAAUCCAAUACCAAAAGCAUUGUAGCUUCACUUUUGAAUUCCCUCCAAACAGAGAAUCUUGACGACGAUGAUUUUUCUCUCCCCGAGAUUCACUACAUCUACGAAAAUGCCAUGUCCGGUUUCUCCGCGACUCUCACCGACGACCAGCUUGAGACAGUGAAGAACACAAGAGGGUUUAUCUCGGCUUAUCCAGACGAGCUCUUAUCUCUACACACAACACAUUCUCCCAAGUUUCUUGGUCUGCAAUAUGGGAUCGGACUUUGGAACCAGACGAGUCUAGCUUCGGACGUUAUCGUCGGCCUUGUGGACACAGGAAUCUCGCCGGAGCACGUGAGCUUCCGAGACACUCACAUGCCUCCGGUGCCUUCUAGAUGGAGAGGUUCGUGCGAUGUAGGCACCAACUUCUCUGCUUCUUCGUGUAACAAGAAGAUCAUUGGAGCUAGCGCAUUUUACAAAGGCUACGAAUCUAUUGUUGGAAAAAUCAACGAAACCACUGAUUUCAGGUCGGCUCGAGACUCACAAGGACACGGGACGCACACAGCCUCGACUGCUGCGGGAGGGAUAGUCCCGAGAGCGAGUUAUUUCGGGCAAGCGAAAGGGGCUUUCGCAUCCGGGAUGAGGUUUAGUUCGAGGAUCGCUGCUUACAAGGCUUGCUGGGCGUUAGGCUGCGCCAACACCGACGUCAUGGCAGCCAUUGACCGAGCCAUCUUAGACGGUGUCGAUGUGAUCUCUCUCUCGCUGGGUGGAUCCUCACGUCCGUUUUACGUGGACCCAGUCGCCAUCGCUGGGUUCGGAGCGAUGCAGAAGAACAUCUUCGUUUCUUGCUCCGCGGGUAACUCUGGUCCAACUAAAUCCACAGUGAGUAAUGGAGCUCCCUGGUUGAUGACCGUCGCUGCGAGCUAUACGGACAGGACGUUCCCGGCGAUUGUCCGCCUCGGGAGCCGUAGAAACUUAGUUGGAUCGUCGCUGUAUAAAGGGAGAAGCUUGAAGAAUCUGCCUCUAGCGUUUAACAGAACAGCCGGAGAAGACACCGGGGCCGAGUUCUGUGUUGCCAACUCGCUCAAGAGAGAACUCGUCGAGGGUAAAAUCGUCAUUUGCUUAAGAGGAGCCAGCGGCAGGACGGCCAAGGGAGCAGAGGUGAAACGCGCCGGCGGUGUAGCCAUGCUUCUUGUCAGCAGAGAGACGGAAGGAGAGGAGCUUCUCGCUGAUCCUCACGUUUUACCGGCGGUUUCUAUUGGAUUCUCCGACGGGAAAAUCCUGCUCAAGUAUCUCGCCGGCGGAGGAAAGGCCACCGUCGCGUCUAUUCGAUUCAGAGGAACCAGGUUCAAUGCAACCGCUCCGAUCGUCGCCGCGUUUUCAUCCAGAGGACCUAGUGUCGCCGGACCGGAAGUUGUGAAACCAGACAUUUCGGCUCCCGGGUUGAACAUCCUCGCCGGUUGGUCGCCGUUCUCUAGCCCUAGCCUCCUCAGAUCCGAUCCGAGACGCGUCCAAUUCAACAUCAUCUCCGGAACCUCCAUGGCUUGUCCACACAUUAGCGGAAUCGCCGCUCUGAUCAAAUCCGUUCACGGUGACUGGUCACCGGCGAUGAUCAAGUCGGCGCUCAUGACGACGGCGAGGAUAACGGACAACAGGAAUCAACCAAUCGGAGAUAUGGGCGCGGGACCCAAUGCGGCGGCCACAGCGUUUGAUUUUGGCGGAGGAGACGUGGACCCCACGCGAGCGGUAGAUCCGGGACUGGUAUACGAUCUCUCCACCGUCGAUUACCUAAACUACUUCUGCAGCUUAAACUACACACGGGAGAGAAUACUCUUGUUCUCCGGCACCAACUACACGUGUCCCGCGAGUCCCGGUGAUUUGAAUUAUCCGUCGUUCGCGGUGAAUUUCGGCAAUGGCGCCAAGUUGAAAACGGUGACAAGUAAGAGGACAGUGACGAACGUUGGGACACCGGCGUGUGAGUAUGUGGCUCACGUAGAGGAACCCAAAGGUGUGAAGGUGAAGGUGGAGCCGAAAGUGCUCAAGUUCCAAAAGGCUCGAGAGAGGUUGAGUUAUACGGUGACGUUUGCUUCUUCCAGAAAUUCAUCAUUUUCUGCUUCUUCUUCCUUUGGAGCAUUGGUUUGGAUAUGUGACAAGUAUACCGUCCGAAGCCCAAUCGCGGUGACUUGGGACUAA